CAUCGGCUUCUUCGGCCUCCAACAGGUCAUGCACAGCAAAACAACUACUGCCCUGGAACUGUCUAUCGCCCAUGGGUUUUUUGCUGCCUGCCGUGCUAACGAGGUUUACUACCGGACCUUUGUAAAGAACUAUAGCAUAGUGGCUGCCCCUUUGACUGAUCUGACCUGCCUUGAUACCCCGUGGGAGUGGACAGAUGAGUGYGAGGCUGCUUUCAGACAUCUGAAGCAUGCACUAACGCAUUAUGAAGUCUUGAAACUUCCUGGUCCUUAUAAGCCGUUUAUAGUAACCACGGAUGCUAGCCAAUAUGGCAUUGGCGUCGUGCUUGCGCAGCAGGAGGGGCCAAAGUUGAGGCCUAUUGAGUACAUGUCCAAGAAAAUGCCGUCUCAGAAGUUGGCCAAGUCCACCUAUGAGAAAGAACUCUAUGCGGUGUUCAAGGCGCUGACCCAUUGGAGACACUAUCUCCUUGGGAGGUUCUUCAUCCUAAGGACUGAUCAUCAGACCUUGAGAUGGAUGAGAACUCAGCCUGUACUCUCUGACGCAUUGAAGCGYUGGAUAGAAGUCAUUGAACAAUAUGACUUUGACCCUCAGUACAUCAAGGGUGAGUACAACAAGGUGGCUGAUGCCUUGUCGCGUAGACCUGACUUCUCGGGUGCGCUGAUUACUGAGUACAACCUUACGGAUGAUGUCACUCGAUCCUUGGUGGAAGCCUAUCGAGAGGACCARUUUAUGUCUGAGAUCAUACGCAGACUCGAGGCGAAAGAUAAACAAACUUCAGCCGAGUUUGAGUUGGUCAAUGGCUUACUGUUUCUCGAGAAGGAAGGGAAUAAACGUUUGUGUGUCCCUCACAAAGAGUCUUUGCGUAGUCUGUUUUUAGGCGAGUGUCAUGACGCCACCGGCCAUUUUGGGUACAAGAAGACCGCAGCCAAUUUGCUGCAAAGGUUCUGGUGGCCCACGAUGUUAAAAGAUGCUAAGCUGUACGUGGAAACUUGUCAAGUUUGCCRACGAGACAAGCCCCGUACUCAGGCUACUCUUGGGCUGCUCAAGCCCCUUCCGAUUCCGGAAAGGCCGGGUAAAAGCUUGUCCAUGGACUUCAUGGAUACGCUGGUCACCAGCAAGAGUGGGAUGAGGCAGAUCUUCGUCAUCGUGGAUAGGUUUAGUAAGUAUGCUAGGUUAAUAGCCAUGCCGGAAACAGCGAAGACCGAGUAUGUAAUCAGGCUGUUCAAAAGGAACUGGGUGAGGGAUUUUGGAUUGCCUAAGUCCAUUGUAAGUGACAGGGAUGUCAGAUUUACAAGCGAGYUAUGGAAGGCCGCUGCAGCUGAACAGGGAACUCAACUGCAAAYGACUUCUGGAAACCAUCCAGAAGCAAACGGCCAGGCUGAACAGAUGAACCCUGUUCAACACCUGUUGAGGCAUUACAUUAAGCCCAACCAGGUGGACUGGGACGAGAAGCUUGCUCUUGUCGCCACUCUGUACAAUAACGUUGURCACAGCGCUACCGGGGAGCUAGAGGAGGAGUGGUCUAGACUAGACCCGCUAGCUUCUUGGACGACACUAGCUAAAGCCCCGAAGGGUGAGAUGUUCGUCAGCGAGAUAGUCGUAGGCGGCCGCAAGGCCGGGGCAUAUUAUGACACUUGCUCGACACGGAACUUUAUUAGUUGCGCGUGCGUUGACAGGCUGCGUUUACAGGGGCAAGUGCAGCGCCUGAGUCGGCCUGUGGAGUCGACCCGUGCCAACAAACAGCGCAUGGUAGUUAAUGACUACCUUCAGGAUGUAGAAUGCCUGUUCCCGUUCGCGGGAGGGGAGUUGACGCAUCCUGUCUCAUUCCUAGUGAGCGACGAUCUCCCUAUGGAUAUCUUGUUAGGUAUGUACUACCUCUCUGUGGCACAGCCCCAGUUUGACUGGGACCGAAAAGUGGUCAAACACACUUUGCGAGGUGGAGGGACCGCCAGACUACAUCAGUUCAAAGCUAGUAGUCUGAUCGAUUCCCAUGGAUGCAUGUGUGCGGCCACGUUCUAUAACUACUAUAAGCAACAUCAGGAGGAGGGUAUGUACUUGGUUUAUGUCUCUGCUGCAGGUGAGCCGGUGAAAAUGCCGUCGGAGAUAGAGGGAGUAGUUGCCGAGUACCCUGAUCUAUUUGAAGAGCCGACAAGGGUUGUUGAUAGGGAGGUCGUCCGCGCGAUAGAGAUUAUCCCAGGGUCUAGUAUUCCGAAGGGUAGGAUCUAUCGGAUGUCUCCAGGCGAGCUUGAUGAGCUUCGCCGCCAACUCAAGGAACUCGUAGAGAAGGGUUGGAUCCGGCCGAGUGUCUCUCCUUACGGAUCUCCAGUACUAUUCGUACCUAAGAAGAAGGAGGGCACUCUCAGGAUGUGCAUUGAUUAUAGGGGUCUCAAUGCCAUCACGUUAAAGAAUAGAGAGCCCCUACCGCACAUCGACGAUCUGUUAGAUAGAGUGCAAGGGUGUCGGUACUUCAGUAAGAUAGAUCUGAAGUCCGGGUACCAUCAGAUUGCAAUCCGGUCCGAGGAUCAACACAAAACCGCAUUUCAGACCAGGUACGGUCUGUACGAGUUUGUGGUGAUGCCUUUUGGCCUGUGCAAUGCUCCUGGCACGUUUCAGCACGCUAUGAAUCGGAUAUUCCAUGACUACUUGGAUAAGUUUGUCAUCGUGUACCUCGAUGACAUACUUAUUUUUAGUAAGACUGGCGAGGAGCACGUUGCACACUUGGACAAAGUCCUUAGUCUCCUGCGACAACACAAGUUCAAGAUCAACGGUGAGAAGUGUGAGUUUGGGCGCACCCGUGUCUUGUACUUGGGUCAUGAGAUCUCCGCGGAAGGGUUGAAGCCCGAUGACGCGAAGGUGGCCAACAUUCGUGAUUGGCCACGACCUCAGUCUGUGACUGAGAUGAGAUCUUUCUUAGGAAUGACAGGCUACUACCGGACUUUUGUAAAGAACUAUAGCAUAGUGGCCGCCCCUUUGACUGCUCUGACCCGCCUUGAUACCCCGUGGGAGUGGACAGAUGAGUGCGAGGCUGCUUUCAAACAUUUGAAGCAUGCACUUCCUGAUCCUGAUAAGCCGUUUAUAGUAACCACGGAUGCUAGCCAAUAUGGCAUUGGCGCCGUGCUUGCGCAGCAGGAGGGGCCAAAGUUGAGGCCUGUUGACUACAUGUCCAAGAAAAUGCCGUCUCAGAAGUUGGCCAAGUCCACCUAUGAGAAAGAACUCUAUGCGGUGUUCAAGGCGCUGACCCAUUGGAGACACUAUCUCCUUGGGAGCAGAAUGGAAGCUGCAAAUGGACGCUGUCGAGCGCAUCGGUCCCGCACGGGGAACCUCCCGACCGCGUCACGCAAGAUUUUGCAGGACUUUGUCGCAGAGCGUUUUAGCCGCUCCGGCCGAGUGCGCCAGCCGUACCUCUUGCGAGCCCCUACGACAGAACAGGAUCACGCGAGGCACCGCUUACCUCCACCUGCACGAGCUGUCACCAUCCCUUGGGUGGGCGUAUCCCCGCCGAGCUACUGAACCACAUGCGAAAGCUUUUCGUAUGCAAUUGCAGAGGUGGCCCAGCGGAGGGCGUUUCUCGUUCGCUGUAGCAUAGGGGGUUACGCGCAGUCGAACGCCCGAAAAUCAAACCCGCACGCAAAUCGACGUACUGGGGGGCUGAGGUCCCAAACGCGACUUGGCGCCGGUCGACUAGAACGCAUCACACACACCACGCGUUACACCACAGGACUCACAUCUACUCACACAUAACACAAAAAAAAAAAAAAAAAAAAAACCACACACAAAACAAACACAACAUCACAAC